CACGGAUCCGAUCUUAAAGAGAAGAAACAGAGCAGCUAGCAAUGCGCAGAUCUAAACACCACUUCACUUCUCUUUCCGACAUAUGACUUAAACUUAAAAAGUAUAUUUAGAUUAAAAAACAAUAGAAAAGAGACAGAUAAAGUGACGGCGCGGUGACUAAAUGUCUUUGCUUUGCAUUCCCAACAUUUCUCUUUUGCGGUAGAUCUCGAGCUUCCUCAGCCUCUCUCUCUCUCUCUCUUUCUGUUCGAGGAAAGCUGCAUUUUAACAAAAAAAGAAAGAAGAAAGAGAGAUGGAUUUAGGGUUGGGAGCAGCUGCAUAGCAUAGGAGUGGGAGCAGGCAAUAAUUGGAACCCAAACAAGCCAAGAUGAUGAAUAGGAAUCUAAGGGAAUCUCUAGUGGGUGGCAGGAGAAAUAAUAUCAACAACAUUUCGUCGGCGUCCCAUCAUCACCGCCGUGGUCAAAGUUUGAAUAGUGCAUUGAUCCCCAGGGAUUCCGACGAGAAUUUGGAUCUCUUUUCCAAUAACCGCCGCAGCCUCUCUGUCGCCUCUUCCGAUGAAUCCCCCGAUGUAAAACUGGGAAGAUUAUCAGUUGGAUCAGCAAAAGUGGGAGUGGGAGAGGAUGGCCUUGAUGAUCUACUUUCGUCUACCGAUGGAGGAAAGCAUGACUAUGACUGGCUUCUAACUCCUCCUGGAACUCCGCUGUUUCCUUCGUCUGAGGGAUCUGAAUCUCAGUUGACUUCACUAGCUCCAAGAAGCAAUUCCAAAGUUAGAUCAGUUUCAACCACAAAGGCUUCAAGGCUUUCAGUUUCACAAUCUGUAAGCAAUCAUUCCUCAAGACCCACUAGAAGCAGUUCAGUAACUCGGUCUUCUCUCUCUUCUUCGUGUAGGGGCACUUCAAUUCUCAAUACAAGCUCAGCUUCUGUGUCAUCUUAUACUAGACCAUCCUCUCCUAUUACCCGCUCGCCAUCUACAGCAAGACCUUCAACCCCAUCUGCCCGCUUAACAAUAUCACGGCCUUCUACUCCUUCAAAAGUCCGUACAUCUCCCACCAGCUCUUAUAUUGACAAGAGUCAAUCCUCGCAAAGUUCAAGGCCAUCAACUCCAACUUGUAGGCCACAAAUCCCUGCUAACUUGAAUUCAACAGCUAAUCAAUCAAAUUCUCGUCCAUCAACUCCCACACGUCGGAAUCCAAUUCCUUCUCUGGCUUCAGCAGCUGGUGCUUCACCUUCUGCUGGUCGCAUUGUUUCAAAUGGUCGCAAUGCAGCUGCAGCAUCUCGACCAAGGUCCCCAGGUCCACGAGUCCGCCCCCUACAACAGCCGGUUGUGCCUCCUGAUUUUCCUCCUGACGCACCACCAAACCUUAGAACAACUUUGCCAGAUAGGCCAAUCUCUGCUGGUAGGUCUAGGCCUAGUAGUUCUGUCACCAUGAAGGGAAACCAGGACACUACUAGCACUGUAAAUAUGCCAAGAAGACAUUCAUCACCAAUUGUCACUAGGGGAAGACUCAAUGAACCCCCUGGCAGGACUCGUGCCCAUUCCAAUGGGCAAGCAUCUGACAUACAUGAGUCUCGAAAGACUUCGCAUGUCUCAGAUUUAGCUAUGCGGAAACCUGUUAAGUCCUUAACAACCAAUGCAGAUAGCACGGGAUUUGGGAGGACUAUUUCAAAAAAAUCACUGGAUAUGGCUAUUAGGCAUAUGGACAUAAGAAAUGGCUCAGGGAGCAUUCGUUCCCUUUCAAGCACAACCCUUUUUCCGCAAAGCAUCCGAUCUUCCACUGCCAAAACCCCAUCUCUUCAUUCCUUAAGUGCUUCAGAUUCUGUCAAUAGCAAUGGACGCCCUGGUAGCUUGAAAAAUGGAGACUUCUCUAAGAAUGGAAAUAGUAUUAGCAGACCUGCAGAGAAUGGAAGUGAUUCCCAUGAUGAGAGAUACUCUGCCAAAUUAAGUGAGGUGGACAUCUAUGAAAGUUCUCGUUAUGAUGCAAUAUUGCUGAAAGAGGACUUGAAGAAUACGAACUGGCUGCAUAGUAUUGACGAUAAAUCCGAUCAAGGAUCCAUCUUUGAUAAUGGAUUUGAGCCUCUGCCUGAACCUUUUGGGCUAUUAUAACAUCUAAGAAGUGGCUUUAAUUUCUUCUUCCUAAUUCAUAUUUAUUUAUUUUUUCUUUUAUAAUUUGCUCUCUUGUAAUUAUUUGGUUACUUUGCAAGAAUGUAAUAUGACAGCUUUUACCACUGAAAAUGAGUGAAGAAGGCAGCAAGUUUUUCUGCAAAAGAAAAUUUGAUCUUUAAUUGGUCUUCUGUUGUUCAUCUGUU